AUGUGGCAAGAAUACCAGACCGAUGAAGGUCAAACGUACUAUUACAACGAAGAUACAGGCGAAACGACGUGGGAUAAACCAGCAGAACUUAAUGGAGAUCACAAUGACACUAGCGAAAAUGAAGUGAGCAUCGCACCAAUUGGAACAAUACCAGACAAAGAUUCUAGUGCUAAAGAAGCUGGGGAAUCUGGAGAAGUUGAGGAAGUUGGGGAAGCUGGAACCAAUAGUGCUAUAGUAACUACUGCAUUGGAAGGAAAAGAACAAAUUUGGCACGAAUAUGCAACUGAUGAAGGACAAAAAUAUUACUAUAAUCUGAUCACUGGUGAAACUACAUGGGACAAACCAGAUGAGUUCAAUAGUGAAUUGGAGAACAAUACAAACGAGUCCACUGGUGAUGCGGAAGAAAAUUUUUUGGAUUUAGAACUUAAAAGCAAACCUAUCCAAUUACCUUCCUCUAUGACCAUUCCUAAUGCAAACGAUUCCGAGGAGAAAAUUACUUUUGAUAAAAAAAAUGACAAAACAGAUGCCGAUAAAAAUGAAGAUAAUGAGAAUGAAACUAAAAACGAGAAUGAGGAAGCAUUUUUGCAGUUAUUAAAAGAUAAUCAAGUUGAUUCUACUUGGUCUUUUCAAAAAGUAAUGGAAAAACUUAUCGCAAAACCACAAUAUUGGGCAGUGUCCAACCCGAUGACCAGAAAACGACUAUACGAAAAUCACUUGGUUGAAAAAGUACAGUCAGAAAUGAAUAAUAACGGCAUAAAUAAAAAAGAGAUUCUUGAAACAUUUAAGAAAAAUUUUAUUGUUGAAUUGCAACGCUUGCACAAUGAAUCAAAAAUAACUCUGGAAACCAGGUGGACGUCACUUAAAAGAAUAUUAGCCCAGGAGGAAAACCCCGUUUAUAAACAUUCAAUGGUUGAGGAUAAGGAGAUGGCACGAAUAUUUUUCGAAUUUCUGGACAAGAUCAAACGUGAAAGGGAAACAAAGAUUGCUGCAAACAAAGAGCAAGCUCUUACCGAGCUUGAGAAAUAUUUGACGCUGAUUAAUACUUCCUUGGUCACAGAAACUGCAAACUUUGAAGAAUUAUUGUCUCGACUAUUAAAGGACCCUCGAUAUUUACAAAACAAGCACUUUGAGUCUUUACUGCCAUUGGAUAUCCUUGACUUGUAUGAAACAAAGAUUUACCCUGAACUUUUAAGCAAUUUGAAAACCAAACUUUCGAGACAACAAGGCCAAAAUUAUAGACAAGACCGUAAAGCAAGGUCCAAAUUUAUCAACUUGCUCAAGUCGCUCAAACUAACCGCAAACACAAAAUUUUGUGAGAUUUUUGAUCAAAUCGAGAAUGAAGAUGCCUUUUUUGAGUUAUGUGGGCGAAACGGAUCUACACCAUUAGAGCUCUUUUGGGAUGCUGUAGAUCAAAAGAGGCAGCUUAUAAAAUUGAAAAAGGACUUGAUCGAAGGCAUUUUGUUUGAUUUGAAAAAGAAGAAAAAUGAGCAGCAUGAUCAACACCAGGUACUGGAGUCAAAAGACAGACAAGACAAACAAAUUGAAAAGAAUGAGAGUAACAAGAAGAACGAUCAGAAGCCAAAUAGUCUGUUUGAAUCACCAAGUUGGCCCUCAAAGGAAUCAUUUGUCGAGAAAUUAAAGCUGAUUCAAGAUGAUAGACUAGUAAAACUUGAUUUGGAUUUGGAUUUGGAUAAAUUGGACGAUGAUGAUAGUGAAAUCGUCCAGAUUUAUCAAGCGUUAAAAAAUGAACACGAAGCCAGAGAGAAAAGAAGAAGAACUAGCAGCAGUAGGAAAAGGGGAGCUACAGAAGCCGCCAUUGCUAAUGAAUCAAGGCAUCAUAAGAAGCAGAGGCCACAUAAAGAACCAGUUAAACCGCUGCUCAAUUACUAA